GUGGAGCGCAUGGCACGGGCCAUGGUCACGCAGUUUGGAAUGUCCGAUGUCGGCUCCCUGGCCAUCGAUGAUGGAGGCUUCAUGGGCCCUGAGUAUUCUGAGGACCUGAGCGAGAAGAUUGAUGGGGCCAUCAAGGCGAUCUCGGAUGAAUGCUACCUCAACGCCCUGAACAUCUUGAUGACCAAUCGCGCCUGCCUGGACAAGGUGGCUGACGAGCUGACGGAGACCGAGACAAUGACUGGCGAUCGCCUGCGGGACAUCAUCGCGGAGUACGUUGAGAUCCCAGCUAAGCUUGCAGCAGUUUGA